UUUGAUUAAUGGCACGUUUGUUCCACAUCCGCACCACUGGAGGCAGAGUUUCAGCUCUGAGUCAGGCCACAAGGAAGCAAAGCUGGAUGUAGGUUUAGCGCAGCGCUGGCACCCGGAAACGGGGUCAGAGUGGAGCCUCCGUGGUGGAUCUCUGCGGAGUCACGUGGUUUCCUGCAGGUUUCCGUGUUUACAGAGAUCCGUGGCUGGUCGCACUUCAGUUUCUGCAGAGGACAGAGUGCAGUCAUGGCGUUUCUAAAGACGCACGAACGGACUAAAGACAGAUUUUCUCUGCUGUUGCUGGAUUUGGAGGAGUAUUAUUUUGAACAGCACACUGCGUACCAUGUGACAAGCAGUUCCAAAAAGGAGAGAAAAAUGAGGGGCUCGCUGAAGGUCUGUUCCAGAUCGGUCAUAUUCGACCCAGAGGAUCUCACAGAGCCAAUUUUAAAGAUCCCUCUACGAGACUGUAAGAAGAUUGAGUUUGUGGAGAAAGAGAAAAACCCUUUCAAUGAGCCCAGGCCAUCAGCCAUCUCUGUUUUAUCUGGGCAGGUUAUUUACAUCAAAGAAAGCAACGUGAUAGCACCGUACAGAAAUGAGAGGGGAGCAAAGAAAAUGACCUUUCAGUUGGAAGUUUGGAGUAAAACAGAAGAUGUUGUUCAAACAUUACUUCAGCUUCGCAGAGCCUCCUGUCUGGAAAAGCUUGGAGACCAGACUGCAAUGAUUGCAGCUAAUCUACAGUCACGACUGGCGAGGUCAUCGUUUGACAAAAACUGCUUUCAGAAUGUGGCUGAGAAGCCUCACAUGGAGUGCGCAGUGGAGAUGGUCACGCCUCUGGUGUCCAACCCCGGCCACGUCUGCAUAACCGACGAGAACCUUUACUUCCAGCCGCUGAACGGAUACCCGGAAAACGUGAUCCAAAUCAAACUCCACAGAGUCCGGAGAAUCUACAAAAGACGGCACGGUCUCAGACCGCUGGGUCUGGAGGUGUUCUGCACCGAGAACGACUUCUGCUCGGACAUCUACCUGAAGUUUUACAGCACAGCAGACAGAGAUGAAAUCUACUACUACAUCGCCACUUUCCUGGAGAACCACGUGACGGAGCACACGGCAGAGAGUUACAUGCUGCAGUGGCAGCGUGGUCAUCUGAGUAACUACCAGUAUCUCCUCCACCUCAACAACCUGGCCGACCGCAGCUGCAACGACCUCUCCCAGUAUCCCGUCUUCCCCUGGGUCGUCGCUGACUACACCAGCGCACAGUUAGACAUGAGAAACGCUGCCACGUUCAGAGACCUGAGCAAACCCGUGGGAGCCCUGAACAAAGAGCGCCUGGAGAGACUGCUGGCUCGCUACAGAGGGAUGCCUGAGCCUCGCUUCAUGUACGGCAGUCACUACUCGUCUCCAGGCUACGUCCUCUUUUACCUGGUCAGAGUCGCUCCAGAGCACAUGCUGUGUCUGCAGAACGGCCGCUACGACCAUGCAGAUCGCAUGUUUAACAGCGUAGGUGAAACAUGGAAAAACUGCUUAGAGGGAGCCACGGACUUCAAAGAGCUGAUUCCAGAGUUUUAUGGGAAUGACCACAGCUUCCUGGAAAACAGACUGAGUCUGGAUUUGGGCAGAAGGCAGAAUGGAAGCAUAGUCGGUGAAGUCCUUCUCCCACCGUGGGCCUCAGAUGCCAGUGAUUUCCUGCAGAAGCACAAGGCAGCACUGGAGAGUCAGUAUGUGUCCGAGCACCUUCACGAGUGGAUCGACCUGGUGUUCGGCUUCAAACAGAGAGGCAGUGAAGCUGUGGCGGCUCAUAAUGUGUUUCACCCUCUGACCUAUGAAGGUGGCAUCGACUGUGACAGCAUCGAGGACCCUGACGAGAGAAUCGCCAUGCUGACGCAGAUCCUGGAGUUUGGCCAGACGCCCACACAGCUGUUCAGCAGCCCUCACCCUCAGAGGAUCACGCCGCGGUUCCAAUGCAUCACUCGAAGCGCCAGCAUCAACUCACCUGUCAGUGAACUGUCCCCAGUCUCUCGCAGCGAGGACUCGUCCUUCGAGGACCUGACUGAGGAGAGCAGGAAGAUGGCCUGGGCAAACAUGGGCAACCUGACGCUGGUCUCCAGCCACAAGAUCCAUAAGGAGGCCGUGACGGGCAUUGCUGUGACUCGAGACGGAGCGGCUAUUUUCUCCACAUCCCGAGACUCCACGCUUAAGAUGUUCUCCAGAGAGCUGAAGGAGUUCCAGAGGAGCAUGUCCUUCUCUAACAUGGCCUUGUCCUCAUGUUCGAUGCUGGCAGACGGUAAAACGGUGGCGUGUUCUUCGUGGGACAACAACGUUUAUUUCUACUCCGUCCCGUACGGCAGGCGGCAGGACACGCUGAUGGGUCACGAUGAUGCCGUCAGCGAAAUGUGUUGGUUUGACGACCGACUGUACACGGCUUCCUGGGAUUCCACCGUCAAGGUUUGGCUGUGCGCGUCCGAUGGCUCCUCCAGUCACAAGAGAUCCCAGUUUCAGUUGCUGGCUGAGCUGGAACAUGAUGCUGGGGUGAACACCAUUGGUCUGAAUCCAGCCGGGACUCUGCUGGUGUCUGGCUGUAAAGACGGGACCGUCACCAUCUGGGACACCAGCAGCUACGAAACACUGCAGCAAGUCCGCUGCCACACCGGAACCAUCCACCACAUGGCUUUCAGUCCUGAUAGCCGACAUGUUCUCAGCGUGGGUGCCGACUCCUGUAUGAAGGUCAUCGAUGUUCAGACAGGAAUGGUGAUCUCAACCGCGAAAGCUGAGGAGGAGCAGAGGUGUUUCUGCUGGGACGGGAACUCGGUGCUGUGUGGGGGACAGUCGGGCGACCUCCUGCUGUGGGAUCUGCUCAGCAACGCAGUCACCAAGAGGAUUCCUGCACACUCAGGUGCUGUCACAGCCAUGUGGAUGAACGAGCAGUGCACCGCAGUGAUCACAGGGGGAGAGGACAGACAGGUGACCCUCUGGAAGCUCCAGCGUUAAAGAACUCUUUCGGCUUGGGAGUCAAAGACUUCCAGUGCGAUACCCUGGACCGGUGUCCUGCAGACUACCUGACCCUGAACAGACUCAUGAACCGGUUGAGAAGAGCUGAGAACGUAGUGUAAACGUACAGUGUCACGGAGCAGUUGGGGGGGGGGGUGAUGGCAAAAGUCUCUCUCAACUGUUCUCAAUCCUAAACCAGACUGAAGGUCAUCAGCGGUCCCGCCGGUCUCCAGUUCAAUCUGCUCUUUGAGAGAAAAUGUCCAAUUGCAGUUUUGUGCACGAGAGCAGGAAGCUGAACAGCGUCCAUGCCUUAUUUUUCGGCCUAUUCUACAUCUGUGUACAUUAUUGUUCCCAUGUAUUAUUUGCUAUGCAUCAUGUUACAGGUUUUUUUUUUUUUUUUUUUUUUUUAAAUCAUGUUUCGCUUUUUGUGCAUUUUAUGCUGUGAAGUGGACUCACGCUGUCAGAGCUUCAUGCUGCUCAGGUGUUAAAUUACCAUAUAACGCUUAACUCUGAAAAUACUGUCCCUUUUUUUAUUAGUGUUUUAAGCCUCAGAGAUUCCCACAGACAGAUUGUUACCUUAGGCUGCACAGGACGCGACAAGCAAGAGAUGUAUCAAUAAUUUGUAUUUACGGAGCGGCUCAGUUUUAAUGUGUGGAAACAGCUGUUUCAAAAACCGAACCUUGAAAAACAGAAUUAACUACUUUACCAAGCGAAAUAUUACAAUCAAAGUAUUUAUCCCAAAACAGUUUACAAGGUGUUUCACAAAACAGGAACAGAGGAAAAGAAUAUAAAGAAGAGUCUGCAAACAUAAGAACAAAAGACCCUGAGAAUAAGAGCUCGCAUGCACUGUUUAGUGAGAGGUGAGAAAGUCAGAACCCAACACAAAUGAAACACUCACCUAACGUAGACAUGAAACAUCUGCUUCUUCAGCUUGGAUUCAUGUCCGUUACAGGGGGGACAGUUUUCACGUUUGGGGGGUUACGUCACAUGUUCAGUAGGUUUCAAACUCUCUGAAUUCUGCCAUAAAGUGACUCCUCAUGCUGCCCCCGUGUCCUAAUGCCCAGAGGCAUCCGGCACCUCGCUUUCAUCUGGCAGUGACUCAGGUUUGAACAUUUCUGAGUAGUUCUGUUCACGUUUAACGUGCUUUCCACCGGUGAACAGCGCCAACCAGGACUGAGGGCGUCCUCCUUUCAGUUUCUUUUGACUAAGUUCAAAUUCUAACGUCAAACAGUAGGUGGUGCUCUUUGGCUGCUCAGCCACCCGAGCUGAGUUCUUUCAACCCAAGACAAAUCACAAAGUCCAAACUAAGUGACUAGAGAAGGGACCCCAGUCUGAAGUCUGACGGAGCUCCUCCUCUACUAAUAUCGCUCACAACACACUCUGCAGUAAACAUCUUAACCUAUUUGAACAAUGACGCACAAGUUACGAUAUGCAAACUUUACACAUAAUGUUGGCUACCGGCACUGAUCUCCAUUAAAGGUGAGUACCAUUAGAUUAUGACUACAGGUGUCCUGUUUCACUUCUGCUUCUGCAACCCGGUUUCUGAACAUCUUCCUGGAACAACUGAAUCACUUUGGCUGAUAAAUCUGUCUCUUCAUGAGUCUUUCACUAGCUGCUGGAAAGUGGAUCACACAGAUUGAUACCGAUUUGAAAGAGUGAGGCUCAGUGGCAUCACACAUCCCGUCCUCAUUUCGUCUCUUCUGCAUUUUUCUGUGAACAGAGGACAAAAACAAAAGAUAAAAGGGAGGAUUAACCACUACGUGACGAGACGACUGGACCCAAAGUCCUCGCUGUGUCUUUAGUAACAUCUGCACAACACCAGAAUCAGACUGGCCCAGUGUAUGUGUGAACCAAGCUGCGUCAGCGUAACGACUUUACCUUGAGUUUGCGUAGAUUUGCGAUGGCUUUGAGUAACUUGGGCGUCGGCGGUUUUUGUCCAAACAGAGUCAGACCUUUCUGCCUCUCCUCAUUGGUUUUAGCAGCUGCGGGGCCUUUGGCUUUGAUCAGUUUCCUUUACAAUCACACAGACGCAAUCCUUACUGGGCUGCAUAUUUAAUAUUGAUUUAGUCUUUGAUGUAGUGUAAUAAGGAUUUGAGUUUUUUGGAGAAUUAAUUCGCUCUUACAGUUCUUGACUAAAACAGUCCCAAUAACAGGGACUCACCUUCCCUUCCUGGCCAGCACUUUCUGGGACUCUGGGUAGUGGACCAGGAUGUCAAACAGGUCCUUCUUCUCCAGGACAAAGAGGUUGGCGAAGCCGUGGGCUUUGACGUUAGCGGUGCGCCUGUUUCCUCCAUCCUUAGCAGACUGUAGUAAACUGUGUGUGUGUGUGUGGGGGGGGGUGAAACAUAGGUGUAGCAUUGGAGCCUGAAAGUUCGUCAUUAUCACACCUGCUCACUUAAAACAGACGUGUUACAGUGGAGUGUAAUUUAACUUUGUUUAAUGUAAGAAAAACAAAUGAAGCAAACAUAUUGUCAUGGGUAUGAGAUUUUUUUUUAUCAUGCCAAUCUCUCAAGUAUAUCAGGUCUUUUAUGAAA